CAUUGCUAGAGGUUAGACCAAUGAAGAUCUGUGCUCAAAUAAUUGGAAUUGUAGUUUUAGCUACUCUCCUUAAGGAAGUUGAUGGAAAAGGAGAAAUUUCAGACCUGGAAUCUCUGGCAAAGACCGAUGCAAUGUACACUGCCCUGCUGAAGGAGAUAAAUUCAACUUUCCACAAAAGACCGUAUCUAAUAGAAAAAAAUGCAGAGUUCGAAAAGAAUUUCCAAACGGUUUUAGUUGCUCUAAACUUAAGCAUGUAUGAAAUAGCUACCAAAAUUGAUAUCUACACCGACUUUACAGUUUACAAUCAAAUUCGACUCGAACUCGAAAGGGAAAUCUAUAAGAAGCUACAAGUUGCGGAGAGGCUUCAGAAGAUGGAAAAUCUUUUGCCAAUGUGUCGCGUCUUUUUUGCCAAUCAGCAGGUGCAACUCAUUGGCAGUUUCAGUCAAUCGAACCUCAUGAAAUUGGAAAUAUUGCAUAAUCCGGGACCACAGUGCGAAAAUGUUGAGGUGCAAAAAAUUUUCAUCACGCCAACUUCAUCGACCGCCAGGCCCGAAAACUACGAUACAGAGAUUCUGAAAGUUUUGGCCAAAUACAGGACACGUCCGUGGGGAAAAAAAACGUAUCGGGACUUCGACGAUAAAAUAUGGAACCUCUUUUUGGCCAUAAACAGCGAAGAGCAACAAUUUAAAAAGAACGCAUUAGCCGCAUUCAAAAAAUAUGACGAAGAUCGCGCUAUUUUGGACAAAGCAUUGGCACACCGAAUUGCAGAAUUCGAGAAACAAAUUCCGAAUGAGAAAAAUCCGUGCAGGGUCGAUCUUAUUCGCUUGAAAAAAGAAUUGGGACGCGCAAUGUUUGAAACCACGCAGAAAAAACACAACAGUUUGGUCGCCACGAACUAUGUAAGGACCUGCCUCAAUAAUCAAAGAAAAAUUUUCUUUGCAAUGAAUGAUUUAGCAUUGUAA